AUGUAUUACUGUGCUCCUGCGGGUGAUGCUUACUCAAAGGCGCUUGAUAUAAAUCAAAAGGGUCCUGUGGCUAUACGGAUGGCUAAAAGAGUGAUUAGCCAUGGUUUAGAAAUGGAGAUCGGGUCUGGUUUAUUGGAAGAAGAAUGCUAUGAAGAGAUAUUGGUCACGGAUGACAGGUACGAUGGGCAGAUGGUUGUGUUGCUUUAACAUGGAGUUGCAGAGAGAAGUUGGUCAUUUCAGUAACUAGGAUGGGAGGUGAUGAUGGCAGGAAAGUAAGUAGGGGUAAAUUGGUCAUUUCGGGAUCACCGAGUGUAUUAUUGGUUUUGUAACUUAGGAUUAGACUUUUAAAUUUUAUACAGUUGAUUCAAAUUCAAUUUUUUGUAAGUAUAUUUCUUACCCAUAAUAGCAAC